AUGCCUCUCCCGUCUGUCAACCCCGACUACCAGAGUCUCGUGCUUGCCAACUGCCGUUCCUUUCACGGUAGUCCCGAUGCCGACUAUGAGCUUGCUUCUCGCCUCGACACCAGCAACCAAUGGCACCUCUUUGUUCUCAAGACGGAGAAGGGCAAACGCACCAAGAUCCUCUCCGGCACUGCGACCCAUCCCUCGCGAGCCAUGGAGAUUCUCCACGAAAACUCUGCUCGUCUGGUAGACCAGCACGUCAGCUGCCACGGCUACGACCUUGCUCCCACCACCACCACCAAGCCCCGGGCUGGACUCAGAGGCGGUGAGGUGAGACCAGAGGUUAUUGCACUUUGCGGCUCCUCCGACACUGAGGACUCGGGCUCUGGCUCCGAGUCUGAGAUGUCGGAGGAUGAGCAGCCACCCCCUCGCAUGGCGCAUCGCAGAAGCCACAGAGCUGAAGCGGUCAAGACUCGUCGCUCUCGCAUUGACGCCAGUGUUGUGAGCGACGUCCGCACUGGCCCCCAUCCAGCUUGGGGAACUAUGCCUCUUCCUCUGCCUCAGCGACCUGCCGUGGUCCAGAACCCUCCCCCUGGAUGGAACAAUCCCGUCCCCGCGCCGAUUCACCUCCCCGCUCCCGUCCCCGCUCCGGCCCCGGCCGCCCGACCUCCUCCUCCCCCGGUCUCCGUGAUGCCCCCACCUCCUCCCAGGACCAUGCCCAUCCCUCUUCCGGGACAAAAGACGCACGCUGCUCUCCUCGUCCUUCACUUGAUCGGCACCGGCAAGAAGAACAUGGUUGCGCAGGUGGUUCCCACCGCCCAGUUCCUCCAGCAGACGGCAACGGGCGAGGCGACUCUUCGUCCCAUGAGCUUCAUCAACGCCUCGAGCCCUACCCCCUACCCACCCCCGAUGCGAGGCAACACCAACUACCGAGCCACGGUCCGCCGUGUGACGCUGGGCGACGAGACAUACGACAUGACGUCGUUCGGCAACGACCUCGGGGCUCUGUUCCGCAACGGCGGUGCCAGCUCUGCCAUGCCCAAGUUUGAGAUCGACAUCAACGUGGCGGGUAACUUCUUCCCCGUCAUGCCGCCGCCGCCUCCUCGUCCCGCGUCUGUGGCCUCUUCGGCAUCUAGCGGCGACAUUGUGGACUAA